CUCUUGCCACACAACUACACAAGGCUCUAACAAUUUUUCGUCUCCAUAAUGAUUUAUUGUUUUCGCUAAUCGCGAUWAAUUUUUUUUUUUGCCGCGGCGGUACUUACACUCGAAUAUUGCCUGGCCCUUUGUUGUUUUAUUUAUUUAUAUAUUUAUUUUUUGUACCAUUAUUUUUUGAAAAUAAAAAUUUUACCAAAAUUUCAACAACCGUGUGCACGGCAGUGGCUGCUUGAUAAAUUUWAAUUCAUCAAACAUGUGUUCGUUGUGGUAAAAAAAUUYGAGUGGUGUCCGCUGGAAGUUGUGUCAUAAUAACAUCGCCAUGUCCGAUUCCACAAAUUCGUCGUUGAGUUUUCUGUCCAACUGGAAGUUCAGUUUGGCCGUCUGCGUACCGUGUUUCGCUGUGGGCUUGGGAGCAACUUAUUAUUUUUACUCAAAAUCGAAUAAUAAGAAUCGGCUACCUCAUGAGCCAACAGCCAAAAAUCGGGACAUCGACGGAAAUAAUGCCACUCUAAACCAACUCAAGACUAACGGAAUUGAUUCCAAUACAGUCAAAGUUAACAAACCGACUCCUUCUGAACAAGUUGAAGAAUUUAAAAAGCAGGGGAAUGCAGAGUUUUCAAAACAAAAUUAUGAUUCUGCCAUCACGUUUUACACACAAGCCUUGUCAAUAUGUCCACUGUCUGAGAAAGGACUUUUGUCCACUGUGUAUCAAAACCGAGCCGCUGCCUAUAAUAAAUUGAACGAUUAUGAGAAUUGUGUGGCUGACUGCGACAAAGCCUUAGCCUUAGUACCAUCUUACAAAAAAGCAUUAUCCCGAAGAGCUAGAGCUCUUUCAGAAUUAGGAAAUUAUAAACUAGCUUUAGAAGAUAUCACAGCUGUUGUAAUGUUGGAUGAGUUUAAAAACCAAACAGAUAUAAUKUUUGCAGAUGGUGUAAUUAAAAGUUUGGGUAAGCAGAACUUAGAAGAGUACGUAAAACACAAUGCUUUCAAUUUGCCCACUAAAAUAUUUAUUGAAAAUUAUUUGAAGUCAUUCAGUGAAGAUCCUUUUAAUGAUGAAUUUCCUCAAACAUUAAUGAAAUCAGAAGUAAAUACUGGUUUAGAAUUGGCAUUAAAAUGUCUCAAAGAUAAAACCUAUGAAMAAAUUGAGGAUGCUUGUAAAGAAGAAUUGAAUAAGACUGAUAAUAGUUUAAUUCGUCGAACCUUGGCGUUAAAUCUGCUCGCCACUUUUUCAAUACUACGCGGAAACUAUGCAUCUGGGGUUGAACAUCUCACUGCUGUCAUAGAAUCAUCAGGAGUUCCAAAUAAGGUAUAAAAAUAUAACACCCUAAACAUAUUCAUAGUUKCUAAUUUCUAUCAAACAGAGAUGUAC